AUGGAACAGACGUCCGCGGUAGGACCGCCUAUUGAACUCCCCAUCAUUGACAUCUCCAACCCCGCCGACCCCAGUGUCGGUAAGGCCAUGCUCGACGCGGCCGCCAAGUACGGCUUUCUGUACGUUGACAGCAAAGGCACCGAUUUCGCGGCCGAGGAUGUGAAUAGAGCGUUUGAGCUGUCGAAAGCUUUCUUUGCCUCUCCUGCUGAGGAGAAGGCCACUUGCCAUAUUACUCCUAAUAAUCGUGGCUGGUCAGGCAUGCACAUUGAAACUCUUGAUCCAGAGCAUCAAAGGACCGGUGAUUUCAAGGAGGCCAUGAACUUUGGCGAAUUCAAGGAUGGGAAAGCGCAGCAACCCCUCCCCCCAUCGCUGGCCCCGCACGAGGCUGAGAUUGGGCAGUUUGCCUCCCUCUGCAGCAAGACCUGCAAUCGCAUCUUGAAGCUACUAGCCCUCGGCCUCCAGAUCCCGAACGACUUCUUUACAUCCCGCCAUGACCCCCAGAACGGUCCCACAGGCUGCAUCCUCCGCUACCUGUACUACCCCUCGAUCUUCUCGCCCGCAACAUCCUCCUACCAGCACGACGUCGACGUGCGCGCUGGCGCCCACUCCGACUACGGCAGUAUCACCCUUCUCUUCCAGCGGCCCGGACAGCCAGGUCUUGAGAUCCGGACGCCAGAGGGCUCCUGGGCUCCUGUCCCCGUGCAGCCGGGCAAAGCAGAGGAUGCCAGUGCCUACCCGUUCCCGCCUAUUCUGGUAAACAUUGGUGAUCUGCUAAGUUACUGGACCGACGGUCUACUCAAGUCGACGAUCCACCGUGUCGUGUUCCCCCUGUCUGAACAGCGUAGCCCCAACCCGCAGGACAGAUAUAGUAUUGCAUACUUCUGCCAUCCGGUAGAUACCACGGAGUUGGUUCCCGUACCUAGUGAAGCUGUCGUCGCUCAUCGCGAGUAUUGCAAGAAGAACGGCAUUAUCAAUGAACAGGUUGGCUUCGGUGGCGGAGCAGGGAACAUGACGCCGGGGAAGCGGGCUUUGACGGCUUACGAACAUCUCGAAUCGAGACUGGCGGCCACAUACGGAUUCAAGAAGGAGUGA